AUGGCGCCAUCCUCAACCCUCAUAGCAAAGCUCAAAGUCCAGCUCAAGCUCUCCAUCGCACGUCUGCGCAUGGUGCAGCAAAAGGAUGAAGCAGUAUCCAAGCAACAGCGGCGAGCCAUGGCUCAGCUAUUAGAAGCCGGUAAGGUCGAGUCAGCGAAAAUCCGCGUCGAGAAUAUUAUCCGCUCCGACAUCACCACCGAAUUACUGGAGAUCCUCGAGCUUUAUUGCGAGCUCCUACUUGCGCGAACAGGGCUAAUGGAGGGACCGACCUGCGAUGCGGGCCUGGAAGAAGCUAUCAAGAGUCUAAUAUAUGCCGCCCCUCGAACUGAAGUAAAGGAGUUACAGCAAGUGCGAGCGUUACUCAUGGAGAAAUAUGGAAAGGAGUUUGCAAUGCAGGCGGUAGAUAAUACUGAUGGGAAGAUUUCGGAGAAGGUGCUAAAGAAGUUGACUGUUACACCACCUCCUCAGGAGUUGGUUAUUGGGUAUUUAGAGGAGAUAGCGAGGACGUAUGGCGUUGACUGGCCGAAGAAACCGAAGGAUGAGUUGGGCGAUCCUCCUGAUUAUAUCGACGACGACGACGAGAAUCCUAGUGGUGGGCAAGCACAGAAGGUUCUGGAGGCGCCACUCCCCGCAGACGGAGCUGCAAAAGAGGCUGAAGAACGGGAGGCUUUAAGUAAGGCAACUCCACCGAGAAACUUUGGUCCAAGCUCUCCGUUAAGGGUUAAUCCACCGAGUCCAAGUACAGACAAUCUACACCCGAGGGUUAAAGGGACACUAGACUUUAAGCCUACCAGAAAGGCCACAGAUACGGCUUCCAAGCCAGGAACACAAAGUAAAGGCCCGGUUGGUGGUACAAUACCGGACGUGGACGAAUUAGCAAAACGAUUUGCAGCGCUGAAGAAGUGA